CCGAAACAAGCAAACACAGUUUUUUUCAUCAUGUAUUUUUCUACAAUCUACCUCGUGCUCCUCUCCUCCCUCCAUCUCGCAUCUCCCUCACCCUUCUCUCCACCACCCGCAAAACGCCAGCAACUCGACACCAACUCCACGCAAUGGCAAACCCUCGCCCCAAUCCCAACGUACCCGCGUCAAGAACACACAACAGUCUUCCUCCCACCGUCCACCAUUGUCAUCCUCGGCGGCAUAAUCCCCGCAAACGACACCACCGUCUUCCCACCAGUCCUCACAACCCCAAUCAUGCAAUUCUACUCGAUCCCAAACAACACCUGGACGACCCCCAAUGCCACAUCCCCAGCACCCAUGCCGCACGCCCUCAAUCACCUCAACGCCGCCGUCGUAGACGAUAAAAUAUACGUGCUGGGCGGCAUGCAAGAAACAAACACCCCGUCUCUAGGCCGCGCAUGGCGCGGGACCCCAUCGUCAUACAUGUACGACCCAGAAGCCGAUACAUGGACGCCGCUCCCCGCGGGGCUCGCCGCGGCCGACGAAACCCGCGGUAGUGCAGCGGUCGGCGUGUACAACGCGACGAUUUUCCUGGCGGGCGGGGUCACGGAUCUGGAGUUCUACGGCAACGCGUCGCAGCGCAGCGUGCGGGCCGUGUCGGCGUUCGACACGGUUUCGCGGUCAUGGGUUGCGCUGCCUGAGAAGGCGCGGAACUUGCCCGAGGCGCGGGAUCAUGCUGGUGCCGCGGUCGUGGGGUCCAAGAUGUAUAUUUUGGGCGGGAGGGCGUUCGGGCAGGAGAAUGUAAAGGAUACGGUGUUUGUGCUUGAUCUUGAGGAUCUUGCGGCUGGGUGGCGGACUUCUUCGGCGCGCAUGCCGACUGCGAGGGGGGGUGUUUCGACGGGCGUGGUGGGGACAAAGGUGUAUACGCUUGGGGGCGAGGGUAAUGUGGGAAGUGAGAGUGGGGUUUUCAAUGAGGUGGAGGUUUUUGAUACCGUGGACGAGUGUUGGGAGGCGGUUGAUGAGGGGAUGAAGGUUCCCAGGCACGGGACGUAUGCUGUUGGUGUUGGUGAUAGGGUUUAUGUGCCUGGCGGUGGAAUUAUGCAGAGUGGUGCGCCGGUCGACGAUUUUGAUGUUUUUGUGGUUUGAGUU